AUGAAUUAAAAUCAGAUAAUCGAACAAAUCACAGUCUUAUUGGAAAAUUAAUUUAAGAAUAUAGAACAAGAGGAAACCGAUGAGGUGAACCACAAUAAUAAAUUGGUUCAAGCUUUAAGGAAUUCAAAUAAAAUUGAAAUAAGGAACUUGAAAGCAAGGUACAAAAUUUAAGGUAUAACAUUUAGACUUUAAUAAAUAUAUAAUAAUACUAUUAAAGGAAUUGUCUCUUUAUUUUAAAAUGAGGCAUAAAAUUUUUUGGUAGAUGUCAAUCUAAAAAAUAUUGAAAAUUUUCUGUUGAUUGAAAAAUAAAAAAAAAAGUUAAAUGAAUAUUUUUAAAUAAUAUAGGACUUGGAUUAUGAAAAUACCUAAUUAAGAACAUAAAUAUAAUUUAAAAGCUCUGCCUAAAUUAAUGAAAAUUUGAUUUUAGAUUACUCAAAAAUAUUAAAUGAUUUAUAAUCAGAAAUAGAUGAAAAAAAUAAAUAGCUAUAGGAUAAUUCUGUUUAACUUGUUUAAUAAGAAUAAUUGAUCGAUUCUUUAAGAAUCAAAAUUCAAAACUUAGAAUAAUAAAUAAAACAAGAGAAUAACUAAUCUUAAAAAAUAUAAAAAAAUAAUAAUACUAAUAAUAAUUCUAAUAAUAAUAAUGUAAUUAAUAAUAAUAUAAAAUAAUAUAAGGAAUAAGCAACAUAAAUAGAUAUGAUAGAAAAAAUAAAAGUAAAUGAAUUUGAUUUACUAAAUUAAAUUUAAAGUAAAAUAAAAUAACAGAGUGUAAAAGAUCAAUAUUAUAAUAUAUCAAAAACUGUAAGUUUAUCAGUUUCACGAUAACUUAAAUAAAAAUCUUAAGAUUUAGAUUUUGAAUAUUCAUAAUUUUUAGAAGGCGAAACUAAAAAUCUUUAAAAAUAAAAAAACUCUUUUCUCUCAACCAAUUUAAAUCAAUAAAAAAUAAAGAUGAGAAAAAGAUAAAAUCUAAAUGAUUUAUAUUUGUAUUCAAAAAGUUAAAGAAACACAAAUAUUAGUGUUGAUCAUUACUAUGAACCUUCCAUACUUUAUAGGUAUAAUGUUUUAGAAAGUAUUAAAAAAUGA